AUGGAGGACCCUGGAAUUGAAAAUGAAACCAUUGUGGGCACAUUGAUACUCCUGGGCUUCGACGAUCUCCAUGAUCUGCAGAUUUUCCUCUUUCCCCUCUUCUUCAUGGUGUAUCUAGCGACCACAGCGGGGAAUAUCCUCAUUAUAAUCACAGUAUCAGCUGAUCGCAGUCUUCACACUCCUAUGUACUUCUUCCUGGGUAACCUCUCCUUCCUGGAGAUCCUGUACACCUCUAACAUUGCCCCCAGGAUGCUUGUGGACUUACUGAGACAGGACAAAUGUAUUUCCUUUACCGGCUGUAUCACACAGUUAUACGUCUUCUGUGCAUUAGGGACUGUUGAGUGUUUUCUCCUGAUGCUCAUGUCUUAUGAUCGGUACCUGGCCAUUUGUCAGCCUCUACACUAUGCCGACUCAAUGAACUGGCAUCUUUGCAUUAAGCUGGCUGCUGGGACGUGGGUUUGGGGAUUUCUCUUGGCUGCUGUGUUGCAAUUGCUUCUGGCAAAAUCUUUAACUCUUUGUGGACGUAAUGAAAUCGACCAUUUCUUUUGUGACUUGACUCCAUUGCUGAAAUUGUCCUGCUCUGACACGUACAUGGUGGAGGUAGCGAUUUUUGUCUCAUGUUGCAUUGUAUCACUGAUCCCCUUCCUUCUGACCAUCUCAUCCUACAUUCAUAUCCUCCUGGCUGUCCUCAAAAUCCCAUCAAAGAGUGGGAAGCAGAGAACGUUCUCCACCUGUAGCUCUCACCUCAUAGUAGUCACCACUUUCUAUGGGGCGCUGACUGUUACAUACAUUGUGUCCACGGGGUCUCAGUCCAUUCAUCUCAACAAAAUCCUUUCCCUGCUCUACGUCGUUGUGACUCCACUGUUCAAUCCCAUUGUGUAUAGUCUGAGGAACAAGGAGGUUAAAGAAGCAUUGAGGAAACUCAUAAGCAAGGUCAUCCCUUUCCCUGACUGGUCAAAUAUUCCUCACCAAUUCUUCUUUACAAGAAAAGCCUGA